AUGGCUCACUGCGAGCGGGCUUCGAAGCCCCUGCUCCAAUGCCUUCGCAACACCUACUCUCGAAGCGUGGCAGGCGUUCAACUCCAGACGCGAGCCUUCCAGACGACCGCCAACGUCCGAGAGGCCGAAGCUGAAUCCGCUAGCCUACCUUUCCACAAAGCACCCGAUCCCUCUCUGGUGACGAGUCCUCGUUUGGAGAGACGGUUGCUGCGACAGGGAACCGCUCCGAUCGGGUCUCGCCGUCGCCGUGCCGCGCUCCAGGAUUCCGACAACAUUCCUUUCGAACAGCUGCCCUACCAAUGUUUCCAAGAAGCCCGGAAGAUCCUACUCGCCGAUCGGGAAGAAAAGUUGAAGGAGAUUGAAACCAUGAGGCAGCGCCUUGCGCGACAGGAGGCUUUACCUGUCGAGCAAGCCGGUGGUGAAAAGGCGAAGAAGUCCCGCAUCACUGCCAUGCAGUUACACCUGGAGCGCCUCAAGAUUUUGGCCGAUAUCAACGAUCCCUUGGUGAAGCGAAAGUUUGAAGAUAAUGAAGGUGACAUGUCCAAGCCCAUCUACCGCUUUUUGGCCGACCGCAAAUGGCGCGAAUACCGUCGCAAGGUUCUCGUCCAGCGUAUCACGCAGAUGAAGGUCAUUCCGGAUGUUCUGCCUCACUGCGACCCCGUUGCGGAAACCAAGAUGUACUUCGGCAAGCACCAGGUCCAAGCCGGUGAAUUCGUCGAAGCGAGAUCCAGCACAACCCCGCCCAAACUCGACGUGCAGAUCUUCGAAGGUGGUGAAAAGCUUGUCACCAUUGCAGUUGUUGACCCCGAUGUCCCCAACGUCGAGAACAACAGCUUCGAUUAUAAGACCCACUUCCUGGCCGUCAACGUGCCCAUCUCGGCCACAAACACCAAGGUCGAUCUCGCCCAGCUCUUGGAAGACUCCCAGGUCGUUCUCCCUUGGCUACCGCCUGUCGCGCAGAAGGGCAGUCCCUACCACCGUCUCUCCCUUUUCAUCAUGGAGCAAAAGGACUCUCAGCCUCUUGACUUUGCCGCUGUCAAGGCUAAGGAGAACAACCGUGACACCACCCUCCUUCGUACCCUUCAGUCUCGCUACCAUCUCAAGGCCAUUGGUGCGCACCUCUUCCGUACUCAAUGGGACGAGACGACCCUGGAGGUCAUGAAGGAGAUUGGAUUCGACGGGGCCAAGGUUGAGCUGCGCCGCAAGAGAGUCGAGCCUCUGCCAUAUAAAAGACGUAACCCCUCUUCGUUCCGUUGA